CCAGCGAUGCAUGCACACAGGUGCCGACCACGACCGCACCAGCAUGGCCAAGUGGGAUUCCACCUACCCGCGCUCCAAGCAGCGGUCAACCCCUCCCCGCCGCAGCCUCGCGCUGCGCCGCAAGCGCUCGUCCCACCGUGUCGCAUUGGGGCUCUCCUCUAGAGACUCCGGCGCGUCUGGGGCGGAUCUGGAGCUGGCGGUGCCCAAGCGGCGUCGCAGCAUCGGCAGGUCCACCACCACAACCUCCUCCUCCUCCGUGCAGAAGGGCAACGACGGCCAUGCGCGUGUGAAGCGAGGCGCGCGGCUCGAAGAGGCCGGCAUCGCGCACUUCCUCGCCGCGCUGGAGCGGACGUGGAAGAAGAUGGUGGCGGGCGCGUCGAGGAUGUUCGUGGAGAGGCACCGGAGCAGCCACAUGCAGCUCAUCAGCGACAUGGUCUAGCAGAUGAGAUCACCUAAGCUACCGCCCGUCCAACCGCCUUGGCGCCGCCGUUGCCGUUGGAUGUUCAGUUUCUAUCUAUGAACAAAGCGACCAAGUUCUCUUUACAACAGGACAUCUGAGUUCGUCGUGGUGAUGGCAGCUGACAUGAAGCCGCUCAAAAUCUCCUUGACCUCCCGUCAUGUUUCUUGCGAACGGCAAGCUGUCCAGAAGACCAAGCCCAAGGAGGAAGCAGUUGUUCAUCACUGAGGACAAGCAACUCCAGCAGGUUGAUGCCAUAGAUUCAUAGUGUACCUUCUAUAUGCCCAUCCAGUUCUGUGAUUUGUGUCUUGAAACCCAAAAACCCCAUGCCCAUGUGGGAGGAGAACCAUAGUUUUUUGCCUGUGGAAAAUAAUAUCCUUGGCUGAAUCGACUUGAGGCAGUUUCUUCAAAAUUCUUGGAAAUAAUUUGGUAGUUUCUUCCGGCGAGGAAUUGUUUCAUACUGAAGUUUACUGGUACAUGUGUGGUUUGCUACUAUUGCUUCGUUUGGGUUGGGUUGGUUCCAGCGGGGAGAUGUGCACGCACACUGGCAGCAUGAGCUAGCAGCCAUGAUUGCCAGCCAGCCACCACCAUGUAAAUGUAAUAAAUGUGUGGCCUAUCUAGUGUGCUGCUGAUAGAAAUAUAGAUGUGUGGCCUAUCUAGUGU